GUAUGUACAGGCCUCUUGAAAACUAUAAUAUGGCAGAUGUCCAAGUCUUUACCAGGCCUACAAAGGUGUGAUUGCCACAUGCGGAAUUCAGUGCUUGUUUAUCAUUGGUCAAGAAAACUGAAUAAUUGUGCCUUUUUCCCCUCUUCCACUCAACACACAAGUCAACAAGUCACAUUCUUUUCGUCUAGAUUUGCUAACAUUUCCUGGUUGUCCAGUUUAAAAGUUUAUCCCUUGUCAUCUCGCCUUUUUUUUUCAAGCAAAGGUGAGAGCAAUAAAUUUCAAGAAAAUAACACAGUAACUUUAAAGAAAAACACUAAUUCACAGCUUUCAGACUCUAUUCCCAAGCUGAGUCACAUCGAUAGCAGUGGAUGGGCACAAAUGGUAGAUGUUGGCACAAAGAAGGAUACAAGUAGGAUUGCCGUGGCAUCAGCUAAAGUGUACUUAGGUCCUGAAGCUUUUCACUUGGUAAAAGAAAACAAAAUUCAGAAAGGUGAUGUAUUGACUGUUGCUCAGUUGGCAGGGAUAAUGGCAUCUAAGUUGACUGCAAACCUUAUUCCUUUGUGUCAUAAUAUUAGCAUAACCCACUCCAAAGUCAAUUUGGAGCUGGACGAUGAGAACUUCACUGUGUGCAUUACAGGAUCAGUUAACUCAGUUGGGAAAACAGGAGUAGAGAUGGAGUCACUGACUGCUGUUACUAUAGCCGCGUUGACUGUUUACGACAUGUGCAAAGCUGUGUCACGUGAAAUUGUCAUCUCAGACAUUAAGCUUUUGAGAAAAAGUGGAGGAAAAAGUGGCGAUUAUCUUGCUCCUUGA